AUGAUGUUUUUGAUUUUAUUUUCCAUUUUCAUUAUUGUUCAUGGGCAAUUAUCUAAUGAUGAAUUGUUCACUUUUAAUUCAAAAUAUUCGUCAACGGGUGACUGUAAUAAUUUUCAAUAUAAAUUUAAAAAUUUCGGCAUCAAUUCAAAUGAAUAUAAUCAACUUAUUUUGAAUUGUAAUUCAUCAACUAUUAUUUUUCGAAAUAACAAUCGUAUAUCUUCAUCAUUUUGUCCGGACGAUGAAGAUUAUUUUCGAAAUUUUCUCGUGCGUUUUCCUGAUUUAUCACAAACAUCCAUUCAAGUAAAUCAACUUCAUUUAUAUGGUAUUGAACUUUGUUCACUUGAUGAUCUUAUUCGAAGUGUUUAUGGUGAAUAUUCAUAUUAUCGUUCAAAAUCGGCUCUAUUGAUCAAUUUAGAAAAUUCUAAUAGUCAAGAAAAACAUCAUUUAGCAAUAGCUACAAAUGAUGAAAUGACAUUUAUUUUAACUCUAUUAUCAACAGAUUCGAAUAGAACAUUAAUUGAAAAUAAAAUCGAGCUAAUUUUUCCAAAUGAAAAUAUUUUUCAAUUUAAGCGAUCAUCGAUUAAUGUUUGGCAAAUUGAUCAAGGUUAUGCACGUACUCCUAGAUCUGUAUCCAGCCCUAUUAAUUAUCAACUAUCAAAAUUAAAAUUUACUCUGUUCAAUAACGAAACCUUUUUUCUUUAUGGCACACAAAUAUCUUAUCCAAGUCGUUUUCUUGUGUGGGUUGAUGAAACGCUAGUUUCAUGUAAUUACGAUCAUAUACUUCGAUGCAUAUUUCCAAUUUUACCUUUGAAUCUACUUGAUAUACAUCAACCUAUGUUAAAAAUUAAGUAUAAUGGCGUUUAUAUUUUUAAUACUACUUUAACAUUGAUUCCACGUACACGUCUUCAAAAAGUUCCAUUCAAUCAUAGUGUAAGAAGUAUCGGAACAUUUCAAGCCAACAUUAGUGAAAACACUUGCACAAAUGAUUCGCUGAAAUCAUUGUUCAGUUUCAUUGUUCAUCUAUGGAAAGAAGAUGGAAAUGGAAGAAUAAGUUAUCAAAAAAUUAUCAAGAAUGACAUAGGACCUAUUGAUUGUGAUCAACCUGCUAAAAUCGGUCAAUAUAUUGAACAAGCGAUUCAUCCUACGUCCAGCAAUGAUAUUAUUUCGAUGAAUGUGGAUCUUACACAUCAAUGGUAUUAUCAUCGAAAUUGUCGAACAGAACGAACAAGAAUUAUGUUUAAUUAA